AUGCAAAUUGUCUGGCAGUCAGGUGAGACGCCGAUCAAGAAACGGGCUGCAUCUGCAUGUACGAGUUGUCGUUCACGGAAGAAGAAAUGUUACCACGUGGGUAGGCGCAAUAUAGAAAGAGUGGAGCGCACCGGUAGGCGGAUACAACAGGAACGUCCAAGCACGACUGCACGCAAGACAAGUCCAAGUCCAGGCCGUGUAAGCGAAUACAAUCCAGAAUCAAUUCUCGCAGCCCUAUCAGAAGAUGCCGAACCAGGACCAAGCACUCAGAUACUGGAAGCAAAUACAACAGCAUUACACCCCACACCAUCUGCCACGACACCUAGCCUGUCUACAACAUACGAAGCACAACGACGUUUAGCAUGGUACAAAGAACACAAAACCCGUGCCGCUCCACCACCGCUAUCAGAUGCGCAUCGAAGAUACCUCGAAGAUGAAGGAGCAUUCCUCAUCUUACCAAAAACAACCACUGACGCCCUCCUCCCCCUAUACAUAUCCACAUUAGACGACCUCACCCCCAUCACCCACGGCACCAGCAUCUUCCGUUCCCACAGCAACAACCAAGCCUCUGCCUACCUCGUCCGAGCAAUCUGCCUCGUCGUCUGCAAAACCACACACGCCACCCCCUUCCUCCGCCUCACGGAUCCCGGCCCCCUUCUCGAGCCCUUGGACUUCGCCUCUAGACUCCUAGCCGGCCUAGACGCGGUCAUAAAAGCAGACCUCGAGCCCGACCGUGUGACCAAGAUGCAAAUCCUCGCAUUGAUGCACUUGCACAACGACGGUCUAGCAGGUGUAGACCGCGCGUCGAGUCAUCUCUCCCAGGCAAUCUGUGAAGCAUGGUCCCUAGGUAUCCAUCUGAAGAUACCAGACAGCCCCGACAAAGAGCGGUGCGAGUAUCUGUGGUGGUCACUCCGCAACUUCGACCGCUUGGGCAAACCGAUCAUGGCCGCAGCGCCGUUCUUUAUCGACGACGCAGACGUAGGUAUCGAGCGUAUAGUACCAGAAAAGGGGAACUACCGCUCACAAAUCAUGGCUGUAGCGCUGGGUUUGGGGGAUUUGAUGACGGUGGCUACCAAGGCGUAUAAAGCUGGUGCUAGGGCUGCGGUGGAUAGUUGUGCGGUGUUUCCGCAGCUGGAGGAUGUUGUGAGGGAUGUGGAUUUUGAGGGGUUUCAUAGGGCGCAUAGACGUAUGAUAUCAUUCCUCUCCAUUUCUCGUACGUCGUACUUACCAGAAGCAGUUUAUCUAGAAACAUGGUAUCAUGUCGCCGCCAUGCUAUCUUGUCGCUACAGCGGCCCAGGUAGCGUACAAUACUCCCGCCGCUUCACCUCUGCCCAUCGCGUCCUCGAUCUCGUUUCUAAUGAAGGCAUCGACGCAUUUCCCCCGUUACCGCUGGUCCCGUAUGCAAUGUCCAUGUCUACGACGGUGAUAUACCGCGCGUUGCAUGAUGGGGAGCGUGGGAUAGGUGCGGCGUGUGAGGAUUUGCGGCGGUGCUGUGAGGUACUUGAUGGGCUGGGGAGGAGGUGGACGAGUGUUAGGGGGGUGGGGAGGUUGGCGGAGAGGCUUUGGGGGGUUAUUGAGUCGGGGGCUUUGGAUGGGUUGGUGGAUGGAGAUGGGAGUGGGAGAGAUUCUGGUACAAGAAGUACGACGGCCGCGAGUGGAUGCUCUGUUGGUAUCGUUCCAGAGCAUGGACAUACGUCGGCUUCUGAUACUGUCGUCGUGGCUGUGCAGGAUAGUACGACAACAUUACCGCAGGAACCUCGUCUUCCGUAUAACAACGAAGUCUUCCAGAGACAGCUGACGGAGAUUUGGCCGGGGAUAGAUACUUCCUACUCGCAGAUAGACUGGACUUUUCAGGAUUGGUUUGAUUGGGACUUGACAGGUAGUUUUGACUAUGUGGCAUCAUAG